GUUGCACAGAGAUUCGGCGUCAGCAGUUACGGAGGCCGUGCCUAAAAGAUACGACCAGGGUUUCUCAAUGCUCUGAUCUUUUGACAAUCAUCGACAUAACGGAUUGGAACAGGAGAGGACCUGGUCCCCGUCUUGUGCGAGGGUGUGAAGCCAGCCAGCAAGCAUCCUCCCUAGGACUCCACCUCUCUCGACCACUCUCGCGUCCCUUUCAGCCAAGCAAACAACCAGGCCAGAUGUUUGAGCAAGCAAACUUUCAGGGGAAGUCUGGCCUCUAGACGCUACUUUCCACCAUCAUGACUGAAGGCGGCGGCAAGGCCUUUUUCAAGUCUCGGUCAAUGAACAAUGGAAGACUAAACGUCGCAGUCCUCGGCAAUGGCGCUCGACUGGUUACUAUGGUCAUCUACAGGCUCCUGCUAUGGCUGACCCCGAGCUUUGCCUCAAAAUCCAAAUCCGCGAAGACAUCCACCUCGACUUCGUCCGACAAGAUUUCUGCGCUCGACGGCCUUCGAGGCAUUGCAUGUCUCAUUGUCUUGCACGAGCACUGGACGUGUGCGGUCGAUGACCCCUGGCGACCAUAUGCUAUCAACGAACUCGCCACUGGUUUCAUGUGGAAGCCAUUUGUUAUCCUGUUGUGGGGGGGAGAGGCCAUGGUGAACCUGUUCUUCGUCAUGUCGGGCUAUGUCCUCUCCCAUAAACCACUGGGCUUGUUGUACUCGUCCAGCCCUCAGAUGAUGUACGAGUGCAUUGCCUCCUCGGUUUUCCGUCGGGCGUUCCGCCUUUUGCUCCCCACGAUGGCGGCGGUGGUCAUAAUUGCAACCUUGACGCAGAUGCGAGCCUUCGAACCGGCAAGGUACGUAUGCAACGACAUCAAUGCUGCACAGCUGGAGGCAUUUGACGCGAGGAACAACGUGACGCAAAUGAUCGAGGACGGCCUCCUGGUGGACAAUCCACGGCCUCGUCUGAUGCGUGAAGAACCUCCACCACUGUCCGAGACAUUUUCUGCACAGGUUUCAGAUGUUCUCACUGAAUUCUACAUGCUCGCCAGAGGUUCAGUGCCUGGAGAGCCGAGUCAGCAUGACUACUUUGUCUACGACGCACAUGUCUGGACAAUUCCCGUCGAACUGAAGUCGAGCAUGGCUAUUUUCCUCCUCAUAAUGGGGACGUCGAUGCUCUCCAGCCGAUGGCGGCUUUUCUUCCACGGGGCCAUCGCAUUGUUCUGUGCCACACAGGAAUACCGCAGUAUCUGUCUCUUUGUCGGUGGAAUGAUUGUCGCGGAGCUCGAUAUGGUUCGAAAGCAUCUUGGACGUCCAGGACAGUCACCAGGACAAGGCCCCCUCCUCGGGAAUCCGUCACCGUCGCCAUCGCCGGUACCACUCAAGAAUUUAGAAUGGUUUCAGCAACCAGAUGUGGCGUCGGCUGCGUGGGGCCUGUGUUUCGUUGUCGGCUUGUACAUCCUGUCUAUCCCCUUUGUCGAGCCAGUCACUGCGCCAUCAUAUGCGUUCCUGGCUCGCCUCCUCCCAGCAUACAUCGUCGAAAAGAACAGGCUGAUCCGACUGUUCGGUGCAGUCAUAACGACAUGGGCGUGCGUCAACUCGGACAUCUUCUCACCCAUUUUCAACAACGAAUUCGCACAGUAUCUGGGUCGGAUCUCCUUUGCCCUCUAUCUCACGCACGGCAUGUUGAUCAGGUCGCUGGGGUAUGUGAUCAUCGGGAGAUUGCGGUCUCUCACGGGGGCAUACGUCCGCGAGGACACAUCGUUUGCUCAGUUUGUGGUCAUCUGGCUGUUCGGCUAUAUCAUGAUGCUGCCGUUCUUCCUGUGCGUUGCAGACCUGUUCUGGAGAACCAUCGAUGCGCCCUCGGUUAAAGUGGCCCGGGACAUCGAACGACGUCUGAGGCGGCACCAGGAGCAGCAGGACUGGUGGCCUCGGAACAAGAUUCCUUGACCUUGGCUGUCGCCAUCGAAAACGUAUGGGCGCAUGUUUGGUGUUGUGGGUGUUUGUUUGCAUGGUUCGAAUCUUUGAAUUGCAGUGCGCUCGGUCAGCUCAGGCGCUGAAUACAAUUUCAGAACUGUUCUCCAACAAGAAAGCAAGCUUUAGUGACACCGUCUCGGACUUUUUCUCGGACGGGUACCCGAUCCCAUGUCCUUGUCCUUGUUCUUCUCCGUGUCCACGCCCAUGUCUAACAGGGGCUGUUAUACCGCUUCUGCCAUACUUCCCAGAUGCACAGCUACUGUCCAAAGCCAAUCGCUCAACUAAGGUCCCUGGUAGUUCUACAACCACUGUCUGCCUACGGUAUACCGCGUUCUCAGCGGGGCAGCAAGUCUCACCCACCGUCACCGUCACCGUCACUGUCACCGUCACAUCUACGUCGGCAUCGAGUACCCUAGAGAACCCAACGUCCGAUGAUGCGAAGGAGCAGAAGCAGAAGCAGAAGCAUAAGACUGGGCUGGGUGAGAACUCGACCCUCGACUCUCGACACACCUUUUGAGGAUGCCCAUACCAAUACACAGUCCUAUUACACUGCAUGCCCGGUGGCUAGCUACCCAGCUACACAGCCAGGGAUUCUCCCGUCGUCCGGCCCUCCUCUCCCCCAAAGCCCGAUCCCUGACACCCAACCAUAACACCCAGUAUCCUAUGUAUACCCCGAUCC